AUCGCUGGCAGUGAGUUUUCUGAUUUAUGUAUUAUCGAGCACGUUUAAAAUAGAUGAUAUUUUUCAGCAUAACUUAAGUAAAAUUCAUUAACUUCGAGGGUGGAAUAUGGCCGAUAAGGUUCAAAAGGAAUUUGUUCAGUCUUUUAUACGGUUUUUAAGACGGCCGUGUACUUUUCAACCUUUAUCAUUAGAUAGCAAAGAGAGUAUUGAUGUUGCUAUUCAAUGUCUGCAAACUGCUUUCGAUAUUGACGAUGCAUCUGACUUAGAAGCAACCGGUUCACUGGAAAAUGGUAGUGAUAUGGGCCAACCAAAUAAAACACUCAUAGAUUUGUUUGAAGUAUUUCAAUCGUUAUAUAUUGAGCGAAGUCCAGAAGUAGCCCAAAUUGCUGAAACAUUAAAAAAUGAAGGCAAUCGUCUUAUGAAAGACGGAAAAUAUAAUGAAGCUUUGUUGCAAUAUAAUCGUGCGAUUUCUUUUGAUCCCAAAAAUCCUAUUUAUUACUGUAAUCGGGCAGCCGCUUAUAUUCGAUUGAAUUAUAAUGAAAACGCUGUUACAGAUUGCAAGACAGCUUUAUUGUACAAUCCAACAUACAGCAAAGCAUAUGGGCGGCUUGGUAUUGCGUAUUCCAAUUUGAAAAAGUACUCUGAGGCUCAGCAAGCGUAUGAAAAAGCGAUUGAACUAGAGCCAGAUAACCGUGACUAUCGUAAUAACUUGGAAGUUGCUCGAGAUGCAUCUCAAGUACGAAAUACUAUUCCGCAGAUUACAGAGGGCAUAAACACCAUGCUGUCAACUCCAGCCAUUCGAAAUAUAUUUAAUAAUGCUGACGUAGAUUUAGAGCAAUUGCAAAUGUUGUCCCAAAAUCCAGUUGUAAUGAACGCAGUUUCGCAGUUAUUCGCUGGGAUGCCAGCUAAUAGUGGUGAUGCAAAUAGCUCACCAUUACUUCCCAAUGGUAUGUUACAACUUUUCCAGUCCUUCGCAAACCAAUUAUCUUCGGCACAGGAUGAUGGUAACUCUAACGAAACUUUCAAUGCUAAUCCGGACUCGCGACCGCCUGCACCAUGAAGCUGGAUUACUAUAAUUGUAUCAUAAAAUUGAAGGUUAAUAAAUGAAUGUAUCAAUCACUGUA